UACAUGGUGCUGGAGCUCCGCGAGGCCCUGCAGCCCGGGAGCCUCUAUGAGCUGCAGCUCAGCUUUUCGGGCCCCGUGUACCAGGACUUUAGGGAGGGACUCUUCAUCAACCUCUACACGGACCAGGGUGAGCGCAGGGCCCUGUUAGCAUCUCAGAUGGAACCAACAUUUGCCAGGAAUGUCUUCCCUUGUUUUGAUGAACCAGCUCUGAAAGCAACUUUUAAUAUUACAAUUAUUCAUCAUCCGAGUUAUGUGGCUCUCUCCAACAUGCCAAAGCUACGUCAGUCUGAAAAAGAUGUGAAUGGAAGCAAAUGGACAGUUACCACCUUUCAUACCACACCCCGCAUGCCAACUUAUUUAGCUGCAUUUGUCAUAUGUGACUAUGACCAUGUCAACAGAACUGAAAGGGGCAAAGAGAUACGCAUCUGGGCUCGGAAAGACGCCAUUGCAAAUGGAAAUGCAGACUUUGCUUUGAACAUCACAGGCCCCAUCUUCUCUUUUCUGGAAGAUUUAUUUAAUAUUAGUUACCCUCUUCCAAAAACAGAUAUGAUUGCCUUGCCUACUUUUGACAACCGUGCAAUGGAAAAUUGGGGAUUACUGAUAUUUGAUGAGUCAUUAUUGUUGCUGAAACCAGAUGAGCAACUAACAGAAAAAAAGACGGUGAUCUCUCACAUUGUCUCCCACGAGAUUGGGCAUCAGUGGUUUGGAAACUUGGUUACCAUGAGUUGGUGGAACAAUAUCUGGCUCAAUGAAGGAUUUGCAUCUCAUUUUGAGUUUGGAGUAGUUAAUUACUUCAAUCCUAAACUCUCAGGAAAUGAAGUGUUUUUUUCUAACCUUUUACAUGAUGUUCUCAGAGAAGAUCACUCCCUGGUGUCACGAGCUGUAUCCAUGAAGGUGGAAAAUUUCACAGAAAUUAAUGAAAUAAGUGAGCUCUUUGACAUAUUUACUUACAAUAAGGGAGCGUCUAUGGUCCGGAUGCUUUCUAGUUUCCUGAGUGAGAAUUUAUUUAUCAGCGCACUUAAGUCAUAUUUGGAGACAUUUUCUUACUCGAAUGCUAAGCAAGAUGAUCUCUGGAGGCAUUUUCAAAUGGCCAUAGAUGACCAGAAUAAAAUUGUUUUGCCAGCAACAGUAAAAAGUAUAAUGGACAGUUGGACCUACCAGAGUGGUUUUCCAGUUAUCACCUUAAAUGUAUCUACUGGCGUCAUGAAACAGGAGCCAUUUUAUCUUGGAAAGGUUAAAAAUCAGACUCUUCCAACCCACAAUGACACAUGGAUUGUACCUGUUCUUUGGAUGAAAAAUGGAACUACACAAUCUUUAGUCUGGCUAGAUAAAAGCAGCAAAUUAUUCCCUGAAAUGCAAGUUUCAAAUUUUGAUCAUGACUGGGUGAUUUUAAAUUUGAAUAUGACUGGAUAUUACAGAGUUAACUAUGAUAAAUUAGGCUGGAAGAAAUUAAAUCAACAGCUUGAAAAAGAUCACAAGGCUAUUCCUGUUAUUCACAGACUGCAGUUGAUUGAUGAUGCCUUUUCCUUGUCUAAAAACAAUUAUAUUGAGAUUGAAACAGCACUUGAUUUAACCAAGUACCUUGCUGAAGAAGAUGAAAUCAUAGUAUGGCAUACAGUCUUGGUGAACCUGCUACCCAGCAAUUUUGUUUCUGAUGUGGGCAACUAUGAUACAUACACAUUAUUAAAGAAGUAUCUAUUAAAGAGACUGACCUCAAUAUGGAAUCAUUAUUCAACUAUAAUUCGUGAAAAUGUGACAGCAUUGCAAGAUGACUAUUUAGCUUUAAUAUCGCUGGAAAAACUUUUUGCGAGUGUGUGUUUCUUGGGCCUUGAGGACUGUCUUCAGCUGUCAAGAGAACUCUUCAAAAACUGGAUGGACAAUCCAGAGAAUGAAAUACCUUAUCCAAUUAAAACUGUGAUUUUAUGUUACGGCAUUGCCUCGGGAAGUGAUAAAGAGUGGGAUUUUUUGUUAAAUAUCUACGCCAAUAACACAAAUGAAGAAGAAAGGAAUCAACUUGCUUAUGCAAUGAGCUGCAGUAAAGACCCAUGGAUACUUACCAGAUAUAUGGAAUAUGCCAUCACUACAUAUUCAUUCAAUUUUAAUGAAACAAAUAUAAUUGAAGUUGUGGCAGCAUUUGAUGUUGGCCGAUAUGUCGCAAAAGACUUUUUAGUCAACAAUUGGCAAGCUGUGAGUGAAAGGUAUGGAAUACACUCGUUGGUUACUAUAAUGUAUUUAAUAGGGAGAACCAUAAGUACAGAUUUACAGGUCAUGGAGCUGCAGCAGUUUUUCAGCCCCAUGUUGGAGGAGCACCAGAGGCUCGAAGUUCAUGCCAAAUUACAGGCAAUAAAGAACGAAAAUCUGACAAACAAAAACCGAAGUGCCAGGAUAGCUGCAUGGCUACGGAAAAACACAUAACUUAGUGGCCACUUUUGGCAUUUCCCCUUGUAUAUUAUACUGUAGUUUGCGGACUGUUUUGUCUUCCAAUACUUUGUGAGUCUAGAAAACCACAUGUUUUGUUAUUUGUAUUUCAGUCACAUUUAUUACUCAGCAUCCUGUUCCUCCCUUGUCGUCACGCUGUCUCUGAGCUCACUGAUUGCUGAGGAGUUUUCCAGCACUGCUGUGUUUUGGGGGAAGAUUUCAUUUCAAGUUGGGCUAUAAAACCACAAAAUUUACUUUAAAUGCCUUGUAAAAAACAAAUUUACCUUAGAAAGUCUUGCUUAUUCUGUUGUGAAGGCCAGUAGAAUAUUAAAUCAUUGGCUAAAUGAGUACAUUCUUUUCUGAAAGAAAUACAGAUUUGCAAUACUCUAGGGUUUAUUUAGUUCAACUAGAGGCCCGGUGCAUGAAAUUCAUGCACGGGGGAGGGGUGUCCCUCAGCCCGGCCUGCAACGACACCAUCGUCCCUCGCCCUAGCCCGAGGACCCUCCCCUCCCUUCCCUCCACACAGCCGGGGCGCAGAUGCUGGGCUCACGUUGCCGGGGCGACACCGCCAGCAUCCCGCCCCUGCCACUAAGGGUGCCACCAUCUUUGUGGCGGAGUGAUGCUUAAUUUACAUAUUACUCUUUUAUUAGAUAGGGUAUUUAAAAGAAUAAUGAGCAAGUAACACAACAGUGUAAAGAAGGAGAACCAGAAGAAUAACACCCUCUAGAAAUCAGAAAAGCAAGUUUUAAAAAGAAGGAACAGGCAAUUUUAUGAGCCAUGUGAUCUGCCCUAAAAGCAGGAAAUGUGUCUUGUGCCUCUUUCUCUCUCCCCAGAGUACCUAGGCAUUGUGCCACACUUUACUUACUGGCUACUGAAUGUAUGAUGUCACAAAAAGACCCAGGAUCACAGGAUCCUAAAGUACCUUUAGGCUUGCUGUGUGGAGGCCAGAUUGGAGAGGAAGGCUCUGCCUUGAAGCUCUUGACUGUAUUUUCCUGUGGGAAUGGAUAUUCUUUUAGCCAAAGUUUAUGAGCAAAAAUAAUAUGUCAACAGACAAUAGCAAUUAUGGGCUAAUCUUCAGCACAAAGGGAGAUGGUCAAAUAAAGAGAAAUGAAACUAACAGGCUAACCAGAAUAUACUCUUCACAGCUUUGCACUCAGGGGAUUAGUUUGAAAUGUGGUUUCAUUUGGCCAAAUUCAAACUACUUAUAGUUUGGACAACUUUAAACAUUUUCAUCAGUCACAAUGUAUGGAAUUAGAUUAGUUUUAUUAUCCCUGAUAAAACCAGGACAGCUAAGGCCUACUUUAGAGUUUGUGUAUAUCUGAUUUAAUACUGUGCUUUAAUUUUGAUUUUGUAGAAUGGGGAUUAAACUACAAAUCUCCUAUCUACCUCAGAGCGAUAUUGUAAAAACUAAGGAAUAUGUCAAUGAAAGGUCUUUAAAUAUCUAGAGUAAUAAAAGUGUAAUAUGCUAAUUAGAUCAGAUGUCCUUCCGGACGACCUUCCAGACAAAGCCGUGGUGGC